AUGCACUCACCUCCUAGAGAACAGCCUGCCAUCAUGCUCUGGAAACUGGUUGAAAAUGUCAAGUACGAAGAUAUCUAUGAGAUGUUAGUCCACACCUAUUCCGCCAUGGACCGGCAUGAUGGAGUGCCCAGCCACAGUUCCAGGCUGUCCCAGCUGGGAUCCGUCUCCCAGGGACCCUACUCCAGCGCUCCUCCGCUCUCUCACACCCCGUCCUCGGAUUUCCAGCCGCCUUAUUUCCCACCCCCCUACCAGCCUCUUCCUUACCACCAAAGCCAGGACCCUUACUCCCAUGUCAAUGACCCCUACUCCCUAAACCCCUUGCAUCAACCCCAGCAGCACCCCUGGGGACAGAGGCAGAGGCAAGAGGUUGGAUCAGACACCGGGUCACUGCUGCCACAGCCUCGGGCCGCCCUGCCCCAGCUCUCGGGACUGGACCCCAGGCGGGACUACCACUCGGUACGGCGACCAGAUGUCCUGCUGCACUCAGCUCACCAUGGCCUUGACUCCGGCAUGGGUGACAGCCUUUCCCUGCACGGCAUCGGGCACCCGGGAAUGGAGGAGGUCCAGUCAGUUGAAGAUGCCAAUAACAGCGGUAUGAACUUAUUGGACCAGUCUGUCAUUAAAAAAGUUCCUGUCCCUCCAAAAUCCGUUACUUCUUUGAUGAUGAAUAAAGAUGGCUUCCUGGGUGGAAUUUCGGUCAACACCGGAGAGGUGUUCUGCUCUGUCCCCGGCCGUUUGUCAUUGCUUAGUUCAACUUCCAAGUACAAAGUAACAGUGGGAGAAGUUCAAAGGCGCCUUUCUCCCCCCGAGUGUCUGAACGCAUCCCUGCUAGGAGGAGUGCUGAGAAGAGCCAAAUCGAAAAACGGGGGGAGAUCUUUGCGAGAAAGGCUAGAAAAAAUCGGUUUGAAUUUACCAGCCGGCAGGCGUAAGGCUGCAAAUGUCACUUUACUCACCUCCCUGGUGGAAGGUGAGGCCGUUCAUUUAGCCCGGGAUUUUGGGUACAUCUGCGAAACGGAGUUCCCAGCCAAGGCUGUUUCUGAAUACCUGAACAGACAGCACACAGACCCCAGCGACCUCCACUCCAGGAAAAACAUGCUGCUUGCUACAAAGCAACUUUGUAAAGAAUUUACAGAUCUCUUGGCCCAGGACAGGACACCCAUUGGAAACAGCCGACCCACCCCUAUUUUGGAACCAGGCAUUCAGAGCUGCUUGACUCACUUCAGCCUCAUCACUCACGGCUUUGGGGCUCCCGCUAUCUGCGCCGCCCUCACGGCCCUCCAAAACUACCUGACUGAAGCUCUCAAAGGCAUGGACAAGAUGUUCUUGAACAACAACACUGCUAACAGGCACACAUCUGGCGAAGGACCAGGUAGUAAAACUGGAGACAAGGAAGAGAAACACAGAAAAUGAGAGGAGGAAAAAAAAAAAAAAAAAA